CGGACGGCGGACAGUGAACAACAUUGAUGUUAAUUAUAUAAUAACCACACGAUUUUUGAGGAUUUCCUUCAUACAAGGAUCAUGGCGCCCUACUGGAUCUUCAUUACAUUCACAUGGUUCGGCACAGUCAGCCUGCAGUACAUCAACACCGCUGGGGCCGACGGCGAGGCCCUCAUGGACCCGCUAGACUCCACAAUUCACUUCCCACCGCUCCCAUACGUCAAUUACUUCAACUACCCGCGGAAUGAUUUCGAAGUCCCCCAGAGUGACGACAAUAUGGAUCACAACGAUUUCUACCCACAAGACCACGACCCAACUGAAAUACAAAGGAAACGGCGUACUGUUGGCAGCGAGCAAAUAGACGAGCCGAAAGACCAGCAAUGGAAACCAAAUCUAGUCGAUGUAGACAAGACCCUAUACUUGAAUAACGAAGAUAGAGCGAGCCCUUUUAUAUUUCACAGCUAUUCAGGCAAACUUGGCAGGAAUUCUACGGAUUUAAUGAGCUCUAUAGAGAAAAGGAGCUUCAGCCCAUGGGGUGGAAAGAGAGAUGCCAUGGAACACAUGUGGACAUGGAAGAGGUCAUCCGGUAUCCGAGAGCCAAGCAUGCCGAAGCGAGUACGCUUCAGCCCCUGGGGAGGAAAACGAAGUGGACAAAUGAUUUACAAGCCGGGGACGAAAGCCUCAAAGGUUAUUUUCUCCGCAAAUGUACCAGAACUGACUCGAAUUGUAUCAAAUUAUUCACCUAAAGCAGGACGCCUAGAUAUGGCAGGGUUUCAGUACGGGCCAAUUCUGGACAAGCGACAUCCUAUUAAAAUACUUGCUUUGACCACUCAAUUCGACGAGAAAACUGCUAAAGAGGCCUUACCGUUCAACACCUUUAUGGAAAGUUUACCGAAAUCCUUUAAACUUGGUCAUCCAUAUUUAGACGUUAAUCUGAAGAAGGAUGGAAAGAGGAAGGUUAAGUUCAGCGCUUGGGGCGGAAAGAGAUCUCCACCUAUUAUCGGCCCAAUAUGGACUCCAGCGCCUCAGAACAUCAAAGACUCCACUUUAGAUACCAUUGUCCUGAUCCGAAACCAUGAAAACGACGAUUUAUCAAAGGUUUUUUAAAAACUAGCAGUUUAAUAAAUCAAACGACUGGAACUCCCGAACAUGAACACCGAAGCGUUUAUAAUCUUUUAUUAUAAUAAAUAUACGGCUUUGCAUAAUAUUUUUGUGUAAUUACGGUAAUCUAUUAAUACGAAUGUUUAAAGUAUGUUCGGGAGAAAAUUUUGUCUUCAGCAAAAGGCUGGGUUUGCCGAAGACAAGAGAGUACUAAGUCAUAGAGUUAGCAAUCAUGGAAAUUAAAUAUCUAAAUGAUUGUAAAAUGUACUAUAGUCAAUUUGUGAUGCCGUUAUCGAGUCCAAACGCACGUAUAUAUAUC